AUGCCCAACAUUGUGCUCUUCAGCGGCUCCUCGCACCACGACCUGUCCCAGCGCGUGGCCGACCGCCUGGGCCUGGAGCUGGGCAAGGUGGUCACCAAGAAGUUCAGCAACCAGGAGACCAGCGUGGAGAUCGGUGAGAGCGUGAGAGGGGAGGAUGUCUACAUCAUUCAAGAUAAGAAGGACAAGAGCCGGGCUCCCAUUUCUGCAAAACUUGUGGCCAACAUGCUCUCGGUGGCUGGGGCGGACCACAUCAUCACCAUGGACCUGCAUGCCUCGCAGAUCCAGGGCUUCUUCGACAUCCCGGUAGAUAACUUGUAUGCGGAGCCUGCGGUCCUGCAAUGGAUCCGGGAGAACAUCACCGAGUGGAGGAACUGCAUCAUCGUCUCCCCGGAUGCGGGCGGCGCCAAAAGGGUGACAUCGAUUGCCGACAGAUUGAAUGUGGAGUUCGCUUUGAUUCACAAAGAGAGGAAGAAGGCAAAUGAGGUGGACCGGAUGGUUCUGGUGGGUGACGUGAAGGACCGCGUGGCCAUCCUGGUGGACGACAUGGCCGACACUUGUGGUACAAUAUGCCACGCUGCAGACAAGCUACUCUCGGCUGGAGCCACCAAAGUCUACGCGAUCCUGACCCAUGGAAUCUUGUCUGGGCCAGCCAUUUCCAGAAUCAAUAAUGCUGCCUUUGAGGCGGUGGUCGUCACAAACACAAUUCCGCAAGAGGACAAAAUGAAACUCUGCUCCAAGAUUCAGGUUAUCGACAUUUCCAUGAUACUGGCGGAGAACAUACGUAGGACACACAACGGUGAAUCUGUGUCUUACCUGUUCAGCCAUGUUCCCUUAUAA